CGUUCCUCAUUUAUAUCUCACUCAACCAAAGCAAUAAGCCCAAUCAAUCAUAAUCCAGUAUAGUAGUAGUAAAAUAUCCCUCCGAAGAAAACCAACAACAAUGACAUUCGUCAACCGCCCCUACGGAAACGACUACUACGAGGUUGAGAGAGUGGUGGUCCGUGACGGUCCAUACGGUGCUGAUUACAGGAUUGAUGAAUACGGCAACCGCGUCUACUACCGCCGAAAUGAUGGGUUGGGUAAUUCAGUAACUGAAAUUGUUACUGAUAUCAUUCCCGGCACCCACGCCUCCCAUGACGCUUUCGGAAAUUCCGUAACUGAGAUUGUCACUGAUAUCAUCCCCGGCCGCCAUGCCCGCCCCAACGCUUUGGGAAAUUCCGUAACUGGCCUUGUCGCUGGUAUCCUCCCUGGUCACCACAGGAGGUACUGAGAAUUGGUACCUGUACGAUCCAGAGAUCGAAUAUAAUUGACAACAACCAUGCAUGGUGUUAGUAUAAUAAAAUGUCCUCUUAGCCUCUAAGAAUAGGCUACUUGUUACGGGCCAUUCAUACGAUGUGUGCUUUGCUAUCUUGUACUGGAUUUUGUUUGACUAUGUAUUUCGGUUUUCUAAUGAAGUUAUAAUACAUGGUUUUUGCUUUAAAAAAAGAA